AACUAAAGUACACUACGUCUACAGCCCGAGCCACAGUCACCACACUAUUCUAGUCUAGUUCGUGGCAGGUUUACCUAGGUUUGUUUCUCUGGAUGGAAGCUCCUCCUUGCACUGCACUUUCCACCUCACUGCUACUUUCCUCCACCACCUUUUUCAUGCUCACUUUGCUCUCAGCUCCGGAUUUCGCACAACCCGACACAAUUCAAACUGCUCUUGCCCGUCUUUUUGCCCAUCCAUCCGUCUUUCUUUCGCCCUUUCCACCCUUCUCUUCCGGCCCCGGGCAAGCCCUGACUGACUCUAGAAAACUUACCUUACCACUGCCCUCUUCUUCCGUUUCUUCAAUACACUACAUACCAAUUUCACCCCUGCCACAUUGUUAGUAUCUGGCUUGGCUUCGGACGGAUCUGACCGUUUCCUUCCUUAUUCCUUCGAUACUUGUUCCGCGUUUUUGACGACAACCUGGAUUACCUCAUAUUCCCUCCUUUUAGACUGAAUCUCUUA